AUGGCGUCUUUUGCGUUUUGUUACAAUCUCGGUGUGUUCUUCUUGUUUUCCGCAGCUGCUUUGUUGUGUCUUGAUGCAAGGUCAAUGGACAAAACGCAAGAUUAUACGUCGUUUCAGUACCACAAAGGAGCUCUCCUCACCGGCGACAUCUCCACCAACCUAAUAUGGUACGGCAAGUUCAAGCCGUCGCAGCGUGCAAUCAUCACUGACUUCGUUGCUUCCCUCUCGUCUUCCCGGAGAACCACCACCACCGUGUCCAAAAACCCCUCAGUCGCCACGUGGUGGAAGACGGUGGAGAAGUAUCAUCACCAAGGUAACAAGAAGACGACACGUGGAAUACUCACACUCUCUCUCGGAGAACAUAUCCUCGACGAAGGAUGCUCAAUGGGAAAAGCCUUAACGGAGAAAAACAUCAAAGCCUUAGCCGCAAAAGGAGGUCAAAGCCACGCGGUCAACGUCGUCUUAACUUCGGCUGACGUGGCGGUCCAAGGCUUUUGCAUGAACCGAUGCGGAUCGCACGGGUCGGGUUUCGGGUCGUCAGGCAAGAAAUUCGCUUACAUUUGGAUUGGGAACUCAGAGACACAAUGUCCAGGACAAUGCGCGUGGCCUUUCCACGCGCCGGUUUACGGACCACAAGGACCGCCACUUACGGCACCAAACAAUGAUAUGGGCUUAGAUGGGAUGGUGAUCAACUUGGCGAGUCUUUUGGCUGGAACCGCAACGAACCCGUUCGGAGAUGGGUAUUACCAAGGGCCUAAAACGGCACCGCUUGAGGCUGGAUCGGCUUGUAAUGGGAUUUAUGGGAAAGGUUCGUAUCCUGGUUAUGCUGGAGAGUUGCUUGUGGAUGCCACGACCGGUGGAAGUUAUAAUGCGAAAGGAGUAAAUGGGAGGAAAUAUCUGCUUCCGGCUUUGUUUGAUCCGGAAACAUCAGUUUGCUCUACUCUGUUUUGA